AUGUCGAAUUUAUCCAAACUUGAGUUUGUGGCACUAGAUAUCUCUGGAAAAAAUUACCUUUCAUGGGUACUCGAUGUUGAGAUUCAUUUAGCUGCUAAAGGUCUUGAUGCCACCAUUACUCAGGGAAAUGAAGCAUCAAAUCAAGAUAAGGCGAAGGCUAUGAUUUUCCUUCGUCAUCAUCUUGAUGAGGGCCUAAAGAUUGAAUAUCUGACGGUAAAAGAUCCACUUGAAUUGUGGACUGAUUUGAAGGGGAGGUAUGACCACCUAAAGGCAACAGUAUUGCCAAGAGCUCGCUAUGAGUGGAUGCACUUACGGUUUCAAGAUUUUAAGAUCCAACAAUAUCGUGAAAAGGGUUUUCAGAAAUACUCUGAACUGGUCUCAUGCCUUCUGGUGUCUGAGCAACAUAAUGCCCUUUUAAUGAAAAAUCAUGAAGCUCGUCCCACGGGAGCUUCUCCGUUACCGAAAGCAAAUGUGGUAGAAACACAUGAUCAAUCUGAAGUAAAAAGAGAUGAUCAUCGAGGCUAUAAUAAUGCGCGAGGACGUGGCAAAGAUAAGAGGCGAUACAUCAAUCGUCGAGGUGGUGGUCAUAAUUAA